AUGCUUUUGGUCAUCGGCCUGGCGGCCACAACCUACGGUUUCACGGAUCAUGGACGAAGCCUGCAGGAGUUUCAAUGCCAGCCAUUAAGUAUUCCAAGCACUCCUCUGAAAGCGACCCAAACGCGCGCACCGGUGGAGGACCUAGAGUGGGUUGGUGACGAUGACCAGACGGUCUUCGCGAUGACUUACAAUGUAAAAACGGACAAAGGCGGCCUUUGGCGCUCAAAGGACGGAGGCUCGAAUUUUGACGAGUUCACGCCAAAGCUUGUCGCGGACUCCUCGGAGACUUUCAGCAUCUUCAAAGUUUUCCACCAGAAAUCAAACCCUAACAACAUGUUGUUCAUGGGAACUGGAUCAUCUAUGUGGAUAUCUAAUGACAAGGGGGAGACGUUGAGAAACGUGUCGUACCCUGGCGGUGUACUUGGGGUCUACAUUCGGGACCUCCGGUUCAACCCUCGUAAUGACACCUCGCUGCUGCUCCAUGUGAAGCGGGCCUCGUGCAGGGUCAAGGAGAGGGUCCAUUUGGACUGCCCGAGGGACCUCCUGGUGAACACGAACGUAUUCGAUCCGAGUUCCCCGUGGCGCAAUCUGACGGACGUCACCGGCGGCAAAAUAGCUGGAUUCGUGGACUUCGACUGGGGAGCCAAUCUCUGCCCCGACAAUAACUGCCCGGACCUGCCGAACAUUUCCAACGACCUCAUCUUAGCCACGGUCUACUUCAACGUUGAGGAUUACGACCACACGUGGGACAAGGACAUCAGCUUGGUGACAUCCACCAACUUGUUCGACAGCUGGGAAGUCCGGGUGCCCUGCGGCAACCAGCUGGAGGUGGUGGGGAGGUCGGUGUACCUGGCGGUGGCUAACAGCUGCGAGAGGAGCCCGGAUGGCAGCGGCAGCUACAUCACCCUUUUCACCUCCGUUGAUGGGGGUGCCAACUUUGUGAGGGCUUGCCUGCCGGCGGCACUGGAGCAAGACGGUUAUGAGUUGGUUGAGACGCACGACGGCCGCGGCGCUCUGAUCAUCGUUGACUACAGUGUGGACCGCGGCAUGAUGAUGCCCAUGUCCGCGGCGUCUGUGUACGCGGCGGGCCCCCACCACGCGCUGUUCUCUCUCAGCCUGACCAACGUGUUCCAGGGCUCCCUUGCAGCCACGGCGGACUUCACUCGGGUUGAGGGGCUGCCGGGUAUCUACAUUACGAACCAGGUGGUGCCGUACCCCUCCACGGACGGCAGUACAGGUUCCACGGAUCCCACGGGGGGAGGCGGGGGAAUGAUGCCCUCCGAUAUGACGGGCGAUUACCUGGAUUACUACGGGGACCCCUACUACGACCUUUCCGAGCUGAUGGGGGAGCCGCUGAUCGAGACGCGGAUCACGUACAGCGCCGGUGGCCGGUGGCAGCGCAUCCGCGUGGACGCCUCCCGCGUCCGCCACCCCCGCUGCAUGGGCACCGGCCCGGCGCCCUGGUACCUGCAUCUCAACGGCAUGGGGGCGGCCAACGAGUUCAGUGUGGUGCUGCCCGGGGUGUACUCGAGCACCUCCGCGCCCGGGCUGGUGAUGGCCACCGGCAAUUUGGCUAGCCUGGGUUCGGGACUGGACCAGACUAGUCCGGGGUUGUGCACGUGGCUGUCUCGUGAUGGCGGUGUGACGUGGGAGGACGUGGCGGAGGGGGCGUACAUUUACGAGUUCGCGGACUGGGGGGGUGUCAUCGUGAUGGCCAAGUACCCCGGGCUGGAGCGGUACACGGCAUCCGGUACGACAGAGGAGGUGAUGUUCUCCAUGGACUAUGGCCGCUGCUGGGAGAAAGUGAAGUUGGAGAAGCCGAUCUACGUGGACAACAUCCGCAUAGAGCCGGAUGGACAGCGGCCCACCGUCAUCAUCCACGGCAGGGCCCCGAAGAAUGACUCACUCAAUCUCAACCGGUACCGAGGGCCUUAUGUACGCGCUGAAGGCGAGCAGAGGGACUACACUCGCCGCAAGCAGGACAGCAAGUGCUUCAACGGUCCGGACUACAAGCGGCCUGAGGCUGCUGUGCGGGGCACAUGCAAUUGCACAAAGCAAUUGGACACGGAGUGCGACUACGGGUACGUGCGGAGCAAUGACACCUGUGUGGCCAUUCCAAGCACCAGCAUGCCAGAGUGUCCGGUUGUUGCCGACGGCGUCUACACGGUGUCCGCUACGGGACUCAGAUUGGUGCACGGAGACGUUUGCCUCAACACGACCGCAUUCAUACCUGACACGAACGGCCGGGGCCAGUCCACGGCCUCCGGGGAUAGCGGCCGUGGCCGCCGCACUUCCACCAGCCACGGCGGCUGGGUGACAGUGCUGGUGCUGCUGCUGGUGUUCGGGGUGCUGGCGGGCGGGGCGGUCGCCUGGUGGCGCUACCGGGCCACGGACGAUCAACAGGAGACUGUACGGGAGAUGGCGGGCAGCGCGGCGGCGGCGGUGGCCUCCGCUUGGGGCCUGCUGGUGGAUAAGAUCCGGGCGACCCGGUACCGCUAUUCGUCCCCUGCCCAGGGGGCCUCCUCGGGUGAGGAGAUGGGGUACUUCCAGCCCCUGGGGGACCCGGGGUACGACGUGGAGGGCCGGGGAACCAUCUUCACACUCAGAUAG